UAGGCGCUGCCUUGGCGCAGGUCCGAGAUCAGUACGACGAGGCAGCUCUACAGCCGCUGUCCCACACCAGAGCGACCGUGGAGAGUGCUGACGAUGCUAAAAGAUCGUCCAGUCCAGCCACGGAAUCUGACCGGCAGUAUGCACCUCUCAAAGCUUCUUCACAGUCUACAAAAUUUAUAACCGCCGAACAGCAUCAAAUGCCAGUUGUCAGAAAAGAUAACGGAAAUGCAACAGGCGGCAUAACAAUUGCAGUAAAUGAUCUAGUGAACAAAAGUGAGGGACUUAUGGGGGCAUUUCUCAGUUACCUCCGUGGAGCUCAAGUUCAUUCCGGACCGCAUGUGCCACCCAAUGGCACAGCAACCAACGUCAUAAAAAGGAAUACGGUUACAAAGACUGUUUUUCAACAUCUCGCGCAUGAAGAACAUAGCAAUGAGACAGUGACUACGUCGUCGGAACAUCCCACACUAUCUAACGGCACGAAAGUGACUGCUAAAUUCGAAGAGAAAACAACGACUGCUUCAAAAAUUUACGCUCAGUUUGAAGCUCACAACUCAACUAUACAAGAAUAUAAUGAGACUGUUCAUGGAAUUAAGUUUCCACCCGUACGAAAGUUUGUGCUUUUGCCAAACAAUACGUUAGACUACCAAAAGAACAGUGCGGCUUUUGCAAUACAUUCACCUAGUGGUAAACCAAAUAAUCCUUUCUCAAUCAUUUUUCCGCUGUUACAUAUAGGAGUAGCUCAGUCUUUAAUGAAUCCAUUGACCCGAAUUAAUUCUCUAAAACAUGAUGGCUCUACUUUACCGUGCUUGCAGAGUUCUAUUGAGACUGGGCAUCGCGUCAAAUGUUUAAAUGAAAAUCGAGGGUCACUUUCGGGGAUAUACAAUAAGACUAACGAAAUAGCACACGGCAACUUGGCGUUUCGCGCCCAGCAUGUUAGAGUAAAGCGGUCUUCAGACUUUAGACCCGCCUAUAUUCUGGCAACAAGCGCAGGAGAAUCCUCGCGAGACGUAGAGCUGCAAAGGCCGGAUGGAUCUGGAAUGGAUCAGCAGUCGCAAACAUCCAAAUUUCUUCCGCCUAACGUCAAUAAGCCAGAUUUUCCGGCUGACGGUACUAGAUGGACAUUCGACGACGGCGGAGCCAGCAGGCACCACCCAGGAACGGACCUGCUUCCCCGGGAUUUUGGGCUUCAAGCGAGGCAGGCCUGGGGCAGCAUGCUGGGCAUCAUGUGGUGCGCUGCCGGCGUCCUCUUCUCCGGACCCUCCUUCUGGAACGUCAUGGCCUGUCUGCUCCAGGCGGGCCAGGCGUUCAUCGGCUGACGAGGCUCCAGCUCACGGCACACCUACGGCUUUCGUGUCGUGCUCCUCUCUCUGGACUGAAUGAGUGAUGGAAACCGUCAUUCAUUCGAACCUUGACUACUUACUUCAAGCAGAUAUACUUCA